AUGGUUGAUUUCUGCAAAAUUCAAACUUCACCGUCAUCAUCAACAAGUAAAGAUCCAAUCAAUGAAUCAAUAUCAUUAUUGCAAACGAAGGAAAGAAGUAAAUUAGUAUCAGCAAAUCUUCGACAAAUAUCUUACCAAUCCAAUCCAAUAGGAAUAAAAACUGAUCAGUUUGGUUCAAGCAUUUAUGCUGACAUGAAUAGCCCAUUACAUCGUAGUCUUGGUAAUACAAAAUUAAAAACUCGUCAAGAUGUCCGUCGCUUUCGUAAAUUUUUAAAGCGAAAUCAUAAUUUAUCAUCAAUAUCUCUUGUUGAUAUCGAACCAGAUGUAAUGCGUAAAUAUUUGAUAGAUUAUUUAACAUCGAUUCGAACACGUAAAGGUUUAAAAUAUGAUCCAGAAACUCUUCGUUCGUAUUAUCUAAGUAUACAAAGAUUUUUAAAAGAUUCCAAUUAUCCGUAUUGUUUACGUAAUUCGCCACAAUUUGCACAAUGUCGAGAUUUAAUAAUUCAAAUGCGAAAAGAAAAAAAUAAAAUAAAAUUACAUGAUUUAUCAUCUUCUCCAAAAAGUAAAACCAAUAAAAAAAAUUCGGCAUCAAUUAAUCCAAGUUUUAUUUCUGAAAAACAACAAAGUCGAAUUCAUUCUUCAGAAAUAAUUCCAUCAAAGACGUGUAUUGAUCUUCUGCCGUCGUCUUCACUUCCUCCACGCAAACGUCAACAAAUGAAAUAUUUUCUUGAAUCAAAUUCUUCAUGUGAUUUCGUUUUUAUUUCUCCAAUUCCACGAGCAUUAUCAUCAUCCUCGCCAAUUCUUUCAUCAGAUGCAUAUUUUAUUUUACUUAAGUUUAUUAUAUCAUCUAGUCAAAAUAAAGUUCACUAUUAUGAACAAUUACUUGAUCAAUCGCCAGCAUGUGGAAAUAAACAACGUUUAAUGUUAACAACAUUAUGUCAUCAAUGGACAGGCGAUAUUCGCAUUAUUCAUGCUAAUCUACGACCAGAAAUAAGUUCAUUUUUACCACAUAUACUCCUUAUCAAUAUUCUAUCCUCAAAAUAUUGA